AUGGACAAGAAAACCGUCCGCGUCGGCGUGGGUGUCUUCGCUCUAAACCACGAAAAUAAAUUCGUCCUCGGCAAGAGAAUAGGCUCGCAUGGUGCCAACACAUGGGCCCUCCCCGGCGGACAUAUCGAAUUCAACGAAUCCUUUGAAGAGUGCGCGAUCCGCGAACUGCAGGAAGAAACUGGCCUUGAUAUCGAGAACGUGCAGUUUCUGACUGCGACUAAUGAUGUUAUGCCCAAGGAUGGGAAACACUAUGUUACUGUCUUUGUAGGCGCGAGAGUUAAGGAGGGACAGGAGCCUGAGAUUCUGGAACCAAACAAGUGUGCCGAGUGGCGCUGGGUUGGAUGGGAGGAGCUGAGAGGGGACUGGGAGAAGCAGGUGCAGGCUGAUAAGGAGGGGAGGGAGACGGAGGGGAAGCACCUAUUUAUUCCUCUGUUGAGCCUGUUUGAACAGAGGCGUGGGUUUGAGCCUGUGCUUUCAGAAUAG